UGCUAAAACAAUAAACAAAGCAUCUCGUAGAUACAGCCUUCAGACAUGCCUAUAAGACUGAGGUAUAUUUUCGGAAACACUUAGUUUCAGAUUGCAACUGAAAAGUAGACAGACUGCAGCUACAAUUCAUCCUAUAUCCAAGACGUUCUACUUCUUUGAAAUGGCCGAGAAGGAAUUUAUAGUUGAAAUGUUCAAUAACGGUUUUGAAGCUGACACCAAGAAACCUUCCAAAAAGCCCAGCUCCAGUGAACCGGUGGAAAAAACACCCAAAAACAGUUUCAGAAAACUAUUCAAGGAGUUUGCAUCUGACACGAGCUUUGGAGGGAUUUCAAAAGUCAGUUCAUCUGAUAGCCAUUUACGUCGAUUCAUUUGGCUCCUGAUCUCUACUACAUGCUAUGGUUUCACCAUAUAUAUGUGCUUACAGCUGAUUGAGACGUUUUUGAAUCGACCAAUUAAAACUGAAGUGGACAUUGUAUAUGAAAAGAACAUCGAUUUUCCUUCGGUGACAGUAUGCAAUCUCAACCAGUACCGUCGAUCACGAAUUAGGAAUGUCUCGUCGAUCGACGAGAUUAUCAGGAUGUACUCUGAUGCAAAACGAAAUAAAUCAGACGGUUCUAACUUUGAGAACUCAAUCAACAAACAGAAGCGCGCUUUUAAGAAAGAGUUUAAUAAUGAUGUUGAUGAUGACGAUGAAGGCGAUAUCAGCGAUGAUAACAUUGAAAUUGAUGAAGAUUUCAUAAUCGAAGAAUUGGUUGCCAUAAGAUCAGCGGACUAUGAUUUGGAGGAUUUAAAGAAAGCUGGUCAUCAAUUCAAUACUAUUUUGUCUUGUACGUGGAGAGGAUUUAAUUGUAAAGAAGGGUAUUUCGAGAAAUUUUGGGUUCAAUCCUGGAAUUGGAAGUAUGGAAACUGUUUCACAUUCAAUCCUGGAGCUAAAAAAUCCGGCGGACCUCUAACCGUCUUUCGUACAAGCAAACCUGGACCUUAUUAUGGCCUCACUCUGGAGAUGAAUAUUGAACAGCAGGAAUACGUGAAUGAAUUGACUGACGAAGCGGGAGCAAUCGUCAUAAUCCAUCGUGCGAAACAAAUACCAUUUCCUUAUGACGAAGGAAUCACUGUUCCACCAGGAUUUUCUUCUUCGAUCGCCAUCAGAAAGGAGACAAUAAUAAGAGCUGAUCCAUUUAAAAAUGGCAGCUGUAAUCCAUCGACUCACCUCUCAACUGACAAUAUUUACAGUAGUUAUUUAAAUGGUUCCGCCAGCUUGUACUCAGUCAAGGCUUGUAUGCAAUCGUGUUUGGCUCGGGCUCAGCUUGAUAAAUGUAAAUGCGCUGACCCCAAGUAUGCUAAUUUUAUCGACCGGAUAUGUGACGAAACAGAACUUGAUUGUAUGCAUAAUGUCAGCAAUUCCUUCAAGGAAAACAGGCUAGGAUGCAACGAGAGAUGCCCGCAACCGUGCAUUCAACAUGGUUUUCGCCACAAUUUAGGGAUGUCAACACUGACGUCGAAUGCAAAGGAAUCAAAAAAGAAGAAAGAUUUUGGCGAUAAGAAGGGUCCAGAUUUCGACUUUGAUGAGAACUUCCUGCGAGUUAAAAUAUUUUAUGACGAGUUGAAUCUUCAAAAAAUUGUCCAGUCCACAUACUAUGAUUUGUGGACGUUACUGGCUGAUAUUGGAGGACAACUGGGGUUAUGGAUUGGUAUUUCAAUCAUAUCCAUCGCAGAAUUUGGUGAACUUUUAGUCUCGCUUUGUAUUGUUGCCGGACGAAAAUCUCGAACAAGAAAGACGAAAACAUCUGAGAUUGAAUUGCAUUAAAGCCAUAAAAGGUCUUCAACUGUGGUAUCGAGGUAAAAACUAGGUUAGUGAAAAUGAAACAUUAGGGAAUAGUGUAUGUAAACCCGCAAUUAAUGCAACAGAAAAUAUCCAUGCAUAAUUUCAUCUAAUCGUAUUUGUAAUCACAACUGAAACGCUCGGCAUGACAGGGAAAGAAAAGGUUCUUGUAGAACCGACCGAGCAAUUUUGUAAUUAUUUGUAAUUAUUGUAGCUAUAUAUUGCACGACAAUUAAUGGAAUAUAUCUAUACUUGAUAUGUGCCAGCUUCAGAAAUCUACUACAUCAAAAUGGAUGGAAUUGCUUAAAGCUAUAAGAUUGAUAAUUAGACAUGUUAAAUUGCAAUUUAAGCGACAAUAGUUUAGAGUUGUCCGCUCCGUGUUUAUGGUAAUCACAAGUAGCGUAUAUACGAAAGACCCUGGGUACGAGGUACGAGAAGACGUUUCCUAAAUUAUGUCUUUAAAUAAAUGUUUUCAACAGA